CCGCCGCCUUUCGGAAGGAAAACUCGCACGAAAUUCAUAUAGAUACAGUAUACUUUCUUUGUGUUUAGUCUUGUUACAUUGAACAAUCGUGAUAUUUGUUGUGCUUUUUAAAAUAUUUAAUUUUUUUUAAUAUCAUUUCACGGGAUGAUGCGCGAGAACAACGCAUCGAUAACUCACCCUUUAACAGCUCAAUUGGAUUUAUGAGGAUACAUAGAACCUAAACGGCCAUCGUCUUCGCGGAUAUCAAAGUCGGGCUGGUAAAAUGGCAGAUGACGAGAGGCAAAUUAGAGCGGCCGCGGAGACUUUGCUGACCGGAUCUAUUAACUCCCAGAGGAGUUCGUACACUCAUCACUCUAUAACCCGAACUCCGGAUUUCAUUCUUAGCGAGGAUCUUAUCGCGGGUGUAAUGCAGAACGGGAGGAUGUCGAAUAUCAGACGGUUCUUUUGCCUCUUCGUCACCUUCGAUCUUCUGCUCACUUUUCUCAUGUGGCUCAUUUGUACGAUGAUCGCUGGGGAGAGUUUGGAGUCCGCUUUCAUGAAUCAAGUAGUCCACUAUCACAUAAAAACCUCUUUGUUCGAUAUAGUGAUGGCAGCGAUUUGCAGGUUCACGGUGCUGUUGCUCUUCUACGCGUUACUUCGUUUGGACCAUUGGAUCAUCGUAGCUUCAACGACUGCUACGACGUGUGCCUUCUCGAUCGCUAAAGUGUUUCUUUUCGAUUGGUCGGUAUGCACUCAACCAGUAUUUCAAGUUCUUCUUAUCCUCACAUCCUUUGUGCUGUCCUGGGUGGAAGCUUGGUUCUUCGACAUCCGCGUGCUACCUCAAGAGACUCAAGCUAGAAAUUGGAUUAGACAUUUCGGGGGCAAUGAGAGAGAACCGCUUCUACGAGGCGUUACGUCGGAAACUCGCCAAUACACCAGCGUCGAACCUCCCGCAGGUACAUUCUUUACUCCUAUGGACUCACCAGAUCAUUCUGAUCAGGAGAAUGAAAGUUCAAGGAGAAUAGGGAGCUCUAGAGGUUUACCAAAAGGGGGAGAGCCGUUCGGUUCUAAACCUCUACCCAAACUCACGCCAGAGAUGAUAGAGGAUUACAAAAGGAGGGCUAAUGUGCUAGUGCAGGAUUGCCAUGAUUUGUUGCAAUCUAAAGAUUGGCAAAUCGAAAGUAUAUUGUCCAAUGGUGAUAUUAUCUUUUAUGUAGACCGUCCUAAAGAGGGAAGAAUUUUAAAGAUAGUAGGAAUAAUUGAUGCCCCUGCUAGUAUACUUGCCGAUCAAUUAUUUAACGACAUUGAAGGGUUACCAUCGUGGAACAAACUUGUUUCAGAAUCGAAAAAGUUACAGCAUAUUGACGAAAAUACGGAUAUCAUUUACCAAGCAACGAAUCCUCAUGGCGGAGGUAUUAUUGGCGCACGGGAUUUCGUUAUUUUAAGACACCGUACGCAGUAUGGCAAUUAUUAUAUUAGCAGUGGUACAUCGGUGCCUUUUCCUUUACCACAACGUAGUAAUUUUGUUAGGGCUGAAAACACUAUAAGUUGUUGGGCCUCAGAAGAAAUUCUUAACGAAGAGAAUAAAUGUCGAUUCACAUGGAUUAAUAAUACAAAUUUGAAAGGUUGGGUACCGCAAAAGAUUGUAGACAAAUCGAUGUCUACGGCGCUGGUAGAUUUCAUGUCUUAUGUGAGGAAAUAUGUGGACGAUAUGCAAAGAUCUUUCAUUUAGGUGUAACACUUGUUUCCAUAAUCGGUCAAUCGAGCCACGGUCUUUCAUAUUCAUCCUAUGUAUUCGUGCAAUCGAAAUCAACUUCAAUUUUUUACGGAGUUUCCAACAAUUCGAGAGGAACACAAUAUCAAAUAUAAAAUUAUAACAUGGUGUCUCUGUAAUGUUUCGUGGGUUGUGCAUUAUGUGUAAACGCAGAAAAAGUCUGUGUUUGUUUCGUGUCGGAGAAUUAACAGACUGAUAAAAAAUUGGAAAAAGACUUUUUCACACACUUUGUAUUUCGUAAAUAGAACGUUUUCAAAUUUAGAGACACGUAUCGUUAUAUAGCAUUUUUUAUCGAAGCUGUAUUUUAAAUUAGUAGAGGCAUUUUGAAGUGGUGAAAUAUAACUUGGAAGGAACCAUAUUGUGUGGUCACCUUAUCAACAAAAUGUGAUAUGAGUUUUGUAUUGCUUCUUUACGAAUGCUUAGAAAGCAGUUUUAUUAUAAUAAAACAGAACAAAUAUUUCCAUUAAAUUAUGCUUGAAAUAUUGAUAAUAAUUGUGGCAUUUAAAUGUUUUAUUCUUCUAUGUAACUUUGCUCUUAUCGUUCUCUACAGUCUUUGUUCCUAAUAUAAAAAUGUUUAUUUUCGAAUGUAAAAUAAUGUUAGGAAAAAUUUUAUUAUAUAAAUAUGUUUUUUAAUACAUAUACUUGAUUAUCGCAGUUUUAGAGAACUUCCAUUUAGAUACAUGUAUAUCAAUGUGUAUAAGUGUUUUAUGCUUAACACAAAUUGUUACUUCGCUACAUGUUCCAGCAAGUUGAAUUAUUGUAUUCAUGACAUAGAUUUCAUUGCUAUAAAACACUCGAUCAUGCUUAUAGUUAUGUUAUAGGUUUAAUUAUAAAAUUAUUAUGAUACCAUGUACAAAGCUAUGUUGAAGAAAAGUACCAAAUAAUUAAAAGAAAAAAAGAUUUCAUGUAAAAUGAAUAGAUAGAUAUAAAUAAUUCAACACCAAUAAUGUACUAAAACAUAAUUUUUUAUGUUUGUAUAUACUAUUAGCGUUUUAACAAAACUGUUCGUUUAAUAUGUUUCACAUAAGAUAAAUAAAAUAUGCAAAAAUUAAAACUUCUAAAAAUUACUAUAUAGUACUUGAGAAUAAUUGUUUUAUUUCUUUAAUAUGUACAGUACAUUACGUACAAUUACAUAUUAAAUAUUCUUCAUUAGUUCUUAACUUGCCCACCAUAUAUUUGAUAUAUAAUCAAUGUACAUACAUUUUAGUACUGUAAGUCGAUAAGAAUGUCAUUUUCAUGAUUGCUCAGCAUACCACAUUAAAAUUUUAUGUUCAUAGAAUAAUACUAAAAUUCAUUUUCUAUUCUAAGCUAUAUGUGAACAUUUAAGUUUUCUUAUUCAUUACAAUUACCUUCUAUAUUUCUUUGUACUUGUAUAUUAUUGCAUGAUUCGCUAGUCACGUUUUAUUUUUCGUUUGUUAGUACAUUAAUUUCAGUAAAAUAAGUUACGUAGAAUUUAUAGUAAAUACGAGUGAAUUGCGAUUUUGAACAACGAUAAAAUUGAUAUGUAUCGAAAAUCGAUUAUAAUGUACCUAAUUUUAUAAAAAUGGCCUAAAUAAAAAAGAUUGCUUGUAAAUUGUCAUCAAUAAAUUAUUAAAUUACCUACGAGAUUCUCUUUCACGGAACUUCACGACAAAUUAAAACUUCUAUUCAUUUUUGUUUGCAUUACAAUUCGUACUUUGUAAGCGGAAACAUAACGUGUUAACGCGGACAUGAUGGAUGUGUACGAGUUAAUUUAUCGUGCGAUUCCCAACACGUAUUCACCGUAUCUUCGUGUACGAAAUAUUUAUGUACACUGUAUUAGUACAUAAAUUCGUAUCUGCACUGGAUAUAUCACACAGUUACAUAGACUACAAUUUAUUUCUACGAGUGUUUUGUUUUUUAACAAUCAAAUAUGAUACUCGAGUUACGAACGCGUAAUAGCAAUUUUAGCGGGAGCGUUCGUAUCACGUUUCAAUCUUUAUCCCGCGCAAUUUUACGGAAAGGUUAACAACAAAGGUUAACACACAAUCAUUUAAAUUUUAUUUACCUUGUCAAAAGUCCAUAAAAAGUUUAUGAUUUAUAAGACAACAUAUUAUGGAGACUUCGAGAGAAAGCGAUCGAAAUUGCAUCGUUCGCACUCAGAUAGAAUAAACGACACUUACCUUGAAAUCUCGAAGUAUCAAAGAAGCAAUUUGUAAACGGGAACCAAUUACCGUGCUGAGAAGUCGUUUCCCGAGUAAAGGGAAA